ACUGAGAAAUCCGAGAUUACUACCUUGAAUAAUUAAUUUGCGAAAUUCAUCAACAUACUCAGGGAAAAGAUGCAAAGAAAAUAGCUGCAGAGAUACACAUCUUUAAAGAAUUUUGAUCAACAUGGAUGUAGUGAAGCAGAUUAUCACCCGUCCCAGAGUUCUUCGCUCGGACCCGGAACUGGAAAUGCUCGUGGAUUUCUUCCGGAAGAAGAGUCCUCUUCUGCAGAACCUGGACAAAAAUAUUUUGAUGGACAUUGGCAGAAAUUGUACUUACCAUAAAUGCACCAGGGACGACAUUAUAAUAAAGCAAGGGGAAAAAGGAGACGCUUUCUACAUAAUUCUUAACGGCACGGUCUCCGUUUACAUCGACCCUAGGAUGACAGGCGAGGACGAAGGCGGUUAUUUAACCCCAGCCCGCCGUAAAACCCCAUCCCCGGCCCCUUCAUCAGUUCCGGCCACCCCGGAACCUGUACAGUUUGAUCCAUCCGGUCCAAAGGGUACGCAUGCGCUGGAGACACUGGCGGAAGAGGAAGAAGAUGAAAAUGAAGAGACAAAAAAGGUCAAAGUAUUGCGGAAACCGGCACCAAAGAAACUGGCUGUUCUGGAUCGCUCAAAGUUUGGGAAAUUAAUCGUGAGUUACGGACCCGGUAAAUCGUUUGGAGAGGUUGCACUUGUGAAGAGAGAUAGCUUUCGGAACGCCUCUAUCAUUGCAGAUGAGGAUGUAGACCUUUUGGUGAUCGGACAAGACUUAUUCGAUAGAUCCUUGAAGUCUGAUCAUGAGAGGGAAUUUGCGGAGAUAAACAAUUUUAUCGAGUCUCAUCCUUUUUUCUGUCACAUGCCUAACAAACUUAAGAAGCUCUUGGAGAUGAGUUUGAGGAGGGAGACAUUUAUCUUUGACACCGUGAUGGUGAAACAGGGAGACCCCGUGAUAGGACUUCACUUUAUACUCAAGGGCCAGGCCAAUGUAAUAGUCGAGCCACACAAACAUCAAAAACAGUACUCACAUCUGUGGCCCUUUGAGGCGGGUAUCGAUAUCUACUCAGUGGAAUUUGAGCAUCUCAGGGAAGCCAGAAGACAAGCGAUUCUCAGGAAGUAUGAGGACCCCGCUGUGUGGGAGACGAAGUCAGAGGAACUGGUCAUAAGACGGACAGAGGGAUAUGCUGCGGUGGAAAAACGAAUGAAGGAACGACACAUAGAUCUGUGCUCGAUUCAGGAACGCGAGGUGAUAGGGGAUAUCGAAAUCCUCAACAAUCUCAGUACCUAUAUGCACACAGUAAAAUGCACUGCGAAUACUGAAGUGUUUAUAUUAGACACGAAAAACUAUGAGAGAAUUGUUGGGAAAAGAAAUACCACCACCAUCGAUAUUAUGCGAGAACACGUGAAAGCGAAGCUGGAAACAAGAAUGAACAUGAAACAAGGACAUUUAGUACCGUUUUUGCAAUUUUUGCAUUUUAAAAUGACGGAGGAGUCUUUACCUCAGUCUAAACCUUUACCUCCAUUAAAAACCUCCAAAACACUUCCAGACAGAGAUACCAUGCUUCAGCAGCUGCUGCAGUGGUUCAAAGACGGAAAAUCCACCAUCGUGGAACCGUUCACUCCUGGAGCAGUGUUUUACAAGGAACUCAUGAAAGAAAAGGCAGCAGCUCGAAAAGACCGACCUCCACCCGUGAAGACAAGCGUUGCUCUCACUCUUCGAGCAAAUCGAAGAAAUCAGCCGCCAAGAAAACCGAGAAGUUUGAUGGAAAUAAGGGAAUCCCUUCGGCAGAUGAUGGAAGCAGAAGUUAUAGAAUUCGAAAAUGAGAACGCGAAAAAACAGAUAGGGUCCCGACGAAAACCAAAAGAAAGGAGAGCGAAGGGUCGUCGAAGACAUCCAUCACAAACGCAAUCCAAUUUUGAGGGAAGCAGAAGUAAAGCAGCCUCGCUUCAGUCACUAGCCUCGCUUCCAAAUUACUUAGGAGAAAAAGAGAAUGAUGAAGCUGACAACUCACUUCUAACAAUACUUGCAAACCAUAAUAAGCCGACAAGUGAAAAUGAAAAUAAACCAAAGAGUAGAAGAGGUUCCUUAGAGGACCAGAAGAAUGUGAAACCAGUUUUAAUUACGGAGGUAAAUCGUAAGGACCAGCGCCUAGAACUACCGAAUAUCAAAGAAGAGAGAACACAGGAAGAAAUUUUACUUAAAAAACAAAAUUUAGGACAUAAUUCCAAAGAAAAUUUCCCAUUAGAAACUCAGAAAUCUGAUGUGGCAGCUAGAACACAAUUUCAGGUUCCAAAUGCAGCUAAAUCAAAGGAACUUCAAGUUUCAAACUUGGAAAAUGUUUCAACUCUGAUCGGAGAAGGAAGUGUGAAAGAAAAGGCUUUACCAGACAUCGAUGGAGCAGACACCUUCUCCAUUGAAAAGAAGGGCAAAGAAAACUCUAAGUGGGCUACUGCAAUGAAAUUUGUAAACGAGAAUAUCCAUCGGCGACUUGUAGCAAACAAGGACCCUGAGCAUGAUACUCUUCCACAUUACGAUGACUACGAAUCUAAUGAUAAAAAUCUGUCUUUCCUAGAGAACAGACUUAUGGCUUUCCAUGUGAAAUAUGGAGGAAAGUCAAAGAUACACAUGAAAUUACCAAAACUAGCGCGAUUCACCGUAGACGAGAAUGAAACCAAAGCUCCAAAACCUGGUGGAAAAGUAUGGAUACGACGGCGCAUGUGCAGAUUUGCUGACAACAAGAUCCAAGUCAAAGAUCAUAAACAUGUCCGCCACCAUAUUGUUGACGACAUUCCAGAAUUUGAUAACGUACAAAAACAAAAACGAAUUAUGCAAGCUUUUCUGUGAUAAAAAAUGUUAUAGGACUUAAUAAAUCAGUUGAUAUAGAUGUUUUCAUUUU